CAAGGCGUCUCUUAAUCAGAAUUCAGAGAAAUAUAUAUAUAAUAUGACAGUGGAAGUUUUGUUAUUAACUUAUUUAAACUAUAAAAUAACUGCGUUUUGAAAACAAAAAAAUCAAACAUUUAAAAAAUGUUAAGGAACGUGAAUUUAAAAGAAAAAUAAAGGCGAGAAUAUUCUCCCUCUAUUGCAAUUCAAUUUUUACAGAGAAAGCAAAAUUCUGCUGGUCCUUGUAGCUCUUUCGUUUACUCAUAAACAUUUUGGGGAAAUCGUCAACAGAGAAACAAACUAAAGAGAAGAACAACGUAUUAAAUUAUAAUAAUCAGUGCUCCCAAUAGAACUGAAAUCAAAUCGAAAUAUAAAAUGGUUAGACACUGCAAAAUUUGUAAAAGGCAAAGUAGCACAUUAAUUACCCUCUUCAGUUUUCCACCAAAUCCAGAAUUAAAGAAACAAUGGGCCACGUUCUGUAAAAUCAAAUUCGAAGAUUUAAAAAUAAAUGAUAGAUUGUGUUCAUUGCACUUUAAUGCAUCCGCAUAUAAAGCUAACCCAUCUGCAAACAAUAAAAAUAGAUUGCAUUUGAAACCAGAUGCAGUUCCCACAGUUUUUGAUGUUGUUGAGAUUACUGAGCCCACAAUCAGGCAAUAUAAUAAGGAUAGGCAACCUCGUUAUUGUUGUAUAUGUGGUGCUCUGAACUCAAACAUUCCUCGUUUCGGAUUCCCAAUUAAUGAUCCCGAGACAACAAACAAAUGGCUCGCGGUUUGUAACAAAAUUACAAAAAAUGACAUAAAUCUUAAAACCCAGAAAGUGUGCAUGAGGCACUUCAAGGACGGUGAUUUUAAGAGAUCAAAUGAAAAUCAACGUUUGCUCCUAAAUGCAGGAGCUGUCCCAUCAUAUGAAAAAACUGAGAACACGGUUUUGUUUAAUGAAAACUUGCAAAAAUCAAAAAACUCCAUUACAAAAGAUUCUCCUACGAUAAAAACACCGAACGAACAAAAUGAUUCUAGUCCACCUCGAAAUUAUGGAGAAUUCGAAGAGAUUGCGAUAAAUGAAGAAGAUUUCCUACCAGAGACACCAAGGUCUACGAAAAGAAGUAUCAAACUUACCGUGGGUUGUUGGCCAACAUUACCAAUCAAAACUAAUAUUAAUCGCAAGUUUCCUCGAUAUCUGAACGAUAUAAAAACACCAGAUUGUGCAGGAUCAAAAACAGCGAAAGUAAUCUUAGACAUAGCAAGAAAGGAUAUAGCUCGCGUCCGGCAGCGUUCACGAACACUUGCGCAGCAAAAUCGUCAACUACAUAAAAAGAUAUUGACUCUGGAGGCAACCAUAAAAGAAUUGAGAGAAAAGCUUCCUCAAACACCGUUCUUUCCAUCCCAACGACAGAAAAAAUCAGUUUCUGUACAAGCCAUGUUAAAUUCAAACUCGAUCAUCAAUAAUUCUACAUCAAUCCAACAAAAUAAAAACACAUACACUAGACCAGUUCGAUUUGGCAAACGAAAUCAACACUCUAAAAACUUUAUUAAAGGGGAACAAAAUACAGUUACAAGUACUUCAACAUCACAAGAAAAUACGACCUCAAAUACUAUAAUAUCAUCUUCACAAAAUACAAUACCAGCUCAACUAAAUUCAAACUCAACUACAGAACAAAUUCAAGAAAUCACAAACCUUACUGUCGAACGAGUGGAAGACAAUGGAUCUCCAAAUGUUAUACCAGCUGAAAAUUCCAACUCAACCACCAAUUCUAUACCAGAUCAACAAAAUGUGAAUCCAGUUACAGAACCAGUCAAACAAAUUAUAAAACCGAUUCUUAGACCAGUUAAAUUUAAGAAAAAAUCUAGUUUGGUAUCAGGCCAUAAAACUGCCAACUUAAUUCAGCAAAAGAAAAAUCUAACAACUGAGCAAUGUCAACAAAAUACAACCACAAGUACGAGUACCAUACUAGCCCAACGAAAUACAACCAAAAGUAUUGUUCCACCUCAACAAACAACUCCAAAUACUCUGCUUGUCCAACAAAGUGAAAUCCCAAGUGCUCAACUAGAUCAUGACUACACUACCAAAAUCACACCAGUACAACAUAAUGUGAACCCAAUUAAAUACAAAUUAGAUCCAAAUUUGAUUCUUCGACGAGUUAAAAUAAAGAAAAAAUCUGUCCAGAAAAAAAUGAACCCAAUUCCUCCACCAGCCCAACAAAUUGCAGCAAAAACUUUUAAGCUGCAAAAGGAUUUUGAAGAUUUUACUGAUUCUGGAAACGAAUUAUCAGAAAAAUCCUCCAUUCAAAUACAACAAAUUAUAUGUGAAUGUGAUCCAUUUAUUGAUGUAGAAACUUGUGGAGAAUCAGAAGUAAUAAUUCCAGAAAAUAACAGUAGCAACUCUACAGAAAUCGAGUAUAGAAAACGACAGGGAGAGGUUUUAGAGGAUCAGAGUAGCAAGAAACUUUGCAAAGAGUAGCAGUGAAUCGAAAAAGAUUUUCCAAAGAUUAAUAAAUAUAAACUCAAGUUUUAUGAAUUUACAUUUUUUGAAAAAAUGAAAGAAGUUGAAAUAAAAAAAAGGUUGUUAAAUUACUGUUUAUGUUUAAAAA